CUGGCGCCCAUCCUCGCGCAGCUCCGGCGCACGAAGUCGCCCUUCGUCAUCGAGAUCGACCCAUACCUCGCGUGGCGCCAGUCGUACUACGACAUCUCGCUCGCGUUCGCGCUCUUCGACCUGGGCCCCGAGUCGCCGCCCCAGUUCGUCGACGCGGGCUCCGGGUCUUCCUACCGGAACUUGUUCGACGCCAUGCUCGACGCCGUGCGCUGGGCGCUCUACGCGGAGGGCUACGGCGACCUCGACAUCGUCGUCGGCAAGGUCGGCUGGCCG